AGCCAUUGACGAACUCAAACAUGUUCGCCCACUUAAAUCCACCGUCUCCUCCAUUACGAGUCCAGAACACACUCUCGCUCGAGCUUUCUCACUGUUAUCCUUCACUAGUACUGAAAUGACUAACAAGCUCAGAGUUGAAGAACUUCGAUGCCAACUCUCUAAACGUGGUCUUUCUGCCGCUGGAACCAAGCCCAUUUUGGUUCAAAGACUUGAAUCGGCUCUCCAAGAGGAAAGCAAGCCAUUGAAGGAUGAAAAUGAUGAUUCCACUGGUAAGAAGAAGCAGGGAGACUCCAAAAUGGACGAUCCAAAUAGGCGUCAGAAAAUCAAGGCCGUAGAGGAUCUACGCGAUUCAGCUGCUCCUCUAGGCUUUUCGUCGAGCAGGCUAUGGGCGGUUCCAGAGAAAGGGUUGAAGGAUGAAUUUGAAGAUAAAGAAGAAACUGAAGAAAAUGACACAAGCGAGAAUACGCUAGUUUCUAAUGAAGAUAAGGGCACAGCAGCAUUAGAUCAGUAUUUGCCUGCUCACAUAAAGGCAGAGUAUCAUGUUUUAAAGCAUCGGGGUGAUAUUUACGAUGCCACGCUGAACCAGACAAAUAUAGGGGACAAUAGUAACAAGUUCUAUGCAAUUCAAGCACUUGAAUCUAAUGAUGGCACCAAAUUCAUGAUAUACAAUAGGUGGGGUAGGGUGGGAAUAAAAGGUCAAGACAAAUUCCAAGGAUCCUACAUAUCUAGGGAUGAUGCUAUUAGGGAAUUCAAAUCAAAGUUCUUUGCAAAGACAAGGAACCAAUGGUCCAAACGAAAGGAGUUCGUUGGUCAUCCAAAGUGCUAUACUUGGCUGGAAAUGGACUAUGACGUGGAUAAAGGGUUGGAACAUCAGAAAGAGCCCAACAGCAUAAUGGAAAUUCAGCUUCAGUCAACAAAACUUGAUCCACGAAUUGCGGAUUUUAUCUCUCUUAUUUCCAAUAUUGGCAUGAUGGAGCAACAAAUUAUGGGAUUAGGGUACAAUGCCAAGAGGUUGCCACUUGGUAAGCUGAGCAAAUCUACAAUUAUGAAGGGGUAUGAUGUCCUGAGGAGGAUUGCUGAUUUCAUUGAUCAACCUGAUAAGGGAAAACUUGAGCAAUUAAGUGGGGAAUUUUACACAAUAAUUCCUCACGAUUUUGGUUUUAGAAAAAUGAGUGAAUUCAUUAUUGACAACUCUUACACAUUAAAAUCCAAGCUGGAAAUGUUAGAGGCCCUGGGUCAAAUUGAAGUGGCUGCAUCCUCGUUCAAGGAUAGUAUCUACAAGCAGGAAGAUACGUUGUACUCUCAUUAUCAGAGCCUCCGCUGUGAACUGAUACCACUUGAAGUUGGUUCUGAGGAAUUCCUCAUGAUUGAAAGAUACAUCCAUAACACUGGAAGAGAUUUACGUUAUAACAUUGAGAUUGUUCAAAUGUUUAGAGUUUCUAGGGAAGGUGAAAAUGAGAAAUUCAAAAAGUUCAAUAAUACAAAUAACAGAAUGCUGUUGUGGCAUGGGUCUCGACUGACAAAUUGGACUGGGAUUUUAUCAAAAGGCUUACUUAUUGCUCCUCCAGGAGCACCAGUUUCUAGCCAUAGGUUUGGGAAAGGAGUUUACUUUGCUGAUAUGUUCUCCAAAAGUUGUCGUUACGCUUUUAACUUAUCCCCUGAAUCUGUGUUGGUUUUAUCCGAGGUUGCACUAGGUGACAUGAAUGAGCUUCUAACCUACGACUGCUACGCAGACAAGUUGCCAAAGGGAAAGCUCAGCACGAAAGGAGUUGGUAGAAUUGAACCCGACCCAUCUGAAACUCUGAUUCUCGAAGAUGGAGUUGUUGUUCCACUAGGAAAAGCAGUUGAGACAACAGAACCAAAGGGUGGUUGCUGGCGAAAUGAAUACAUAGUCUACAACGUUGAUCAGAUCCGUAUGCGUUAUCUUGUCCGUAUCAAGCGCAGCUAAUAAGUAUGUGAAUCUUCCAAUCUCUUAAGAGCCCCCUUUCUCGAUAAAAAUAAAAUAAAAAAGGCGAAAAGAAUACAUGCUACUAUAGAGAAGAACAUACUGAUAAAUAGAAACUUUAUUAGUUGAUUAGUUUCAUCAAUUCUGAUUCAAUACAAGAACAAUAUGUAAUCUAAGGAAGAUAAAAUUAAGUUAAAGCAGAGCAGUCCCAUGUA